GUUUUGUGUUUCUGAGGGUUAUGCAUACAUCCGGACAGCAAAGGUUUUUUCCAGAAGGUUGGGCAAAGAGAGUAAAUAUACAUGGAAAAACAAAUGAUAUUGUUACUUCGUCCAACCCUAGCAAAGUAAAUGGUGUUUCUGAAAUUUUCAAUGAAUACAAUAACUCAAAACGAUGUACUCAGGCAGUUGAUCGAAUAAUUGAAAGUAUUCAACAAAGGCGAAGAAUAACCCAGAGGACUGGAAAUAAUCAAGACAAACCGACCACAUACAACCACGCUCAACCAACGUUUUCGAAUUCUCAAUCUUGUCAUCAUAGAUUACCAAGUGAAUUUGUUCAACGGUCACGUGUUCAACAAAUAAUCGAUGAUUUUCUUCACAAAGCCAGAAAACGAGGACUAGGUGGCCGAACGUCUAAAGAAAGAAACAACCCUCCAGAGGAAAUCCAGUGUCAUUCAGUUAGUUGUCAAUCAUAUAAGCCUAGAGAGGGGAAAGAAAUCAGUCUUAGUGUUAAGGAAUAUUUGCCUCCAGCAGAGCAUAAAAAUCUUCUACUUGAUGCCAAUUGCAGUAAUUUUGAUACUGAAUUUCAUCAUACAUGUUCUUCAGGGAUUUAUUCACCAGGUUUUAGUAUUCGAUCGGACUCACCAGAUUUAUUUGAUCUACGAAGAAAUAAAGUCAAUUCAGAAAAUGAUAUAAAACAACCAGUGAAUAUAAUUGAUAAAGAAACAAGUUUUGGAUUGUUUGAUCAUCAUCAUGAAAUCCUUUUUUCGAAGUCAGAUUACGACGAAAUAAUUCAGCCUUCUGACUCCUAUUUUUCCCAGUACUCCCGAAAAAUGCAACAAUCUCCUAGAAUGGUAGAAUUCCCAUUAUUUCCAAAUAAUAACUCAACCAAUAAUUUCUCAGUUAUCAACAACAGAAGUGCCCAUGCCAUGGAAAGCAAAAUUAUACCUACAAAUGUAUAUCAUAAUAGACCGCGUAUUUUAUCCCAAAAUCAAUUUAAUCAAUAUGAAGAGAAAGCACUUAGAUCUUAUGAUAUUGGAUUGUGUAAAAACUGUCAAAUGCUGUACAGUAAACAGACAAAUACAAACCUUCAAAUUGAUAAUAUUUUAAAUUUUAGUCCAAAUGUUUUUCAAAACACUCAGAAAUCUAAUUCUACCAACAAGUCUUCAAAAGAUAAUUGGAAGUUUAACUUCGCUAGUCAACCAUAUGUAAAUAAUUUAAAUUUUUAUCCAAUAGAAACGAACAGAGAUGAAUUUCAGGAUUUUUUAGAUGACUGUAAAUCCAGACAUUGUAUGACAACAGGCUUUGAUCAAUUCAAUGGACACAAUAAUUGUUGUAUGAAUAAUUAUUUCGAAAAUUUAGAGAGUGAUCAAGUUUUUCAACAUAAUUUUCAUAAAUUGACAAGUAAAUUUAAAAAAGCUCAUGCUCAUACGCUCAAACAUCAUGAGUCUUCACCAGAGUUUAAAUUAGUGUUUCCUUUCAAAGUAAUCAAUACUGAAUGUAAUAAGUUAAAUGAAACUUAUAUAUGUAAUCAAGAUAAUCAAAACCAGGAUAUUGUCAAACAUUUCCCAAACGAACGAAAGAAUGACUUUAUUUACAAUAAAAACGUCAACGCUCUUAAGCACGUAGAUUAUUCAAAGAGUGAUCUAAAUUUGGAACAAGAAGAAAAGAUUCAUUCAUUAGGUUUAUCCUAUUUACCUGAUAAAAUAAACAAUCUAAAAUCUGCUAAGACAUCAACAGUAUCAACUCAAACAUAUUCAACAGUUGAAGGAUGUGAAGAUACAUUUUGUAUCCCAUAUAGAAAACAAAAUUCUAACAUGGAAAAGACAUAUUGCACAAAAUGUCUAAAUGGUUCAAAGUUUAAACAUGAGACUCCACCAACAGAGGAAAUAAACACUCAUGAUGAGUCGAUUAUUACGAGUGACUUCAUCACUAAACAACUGCCGAUACUAUCAUCUACGAAAAACCACAUUUACAAACCACUAGCUACAUCGACACCCUCUGGUGGAGGGGCGGCUGAUGACAAUAAAAAAGUUGAUGAGAAUAAAUCUAAAAUGAAAACUAAACAAUUAACAGAUGCUUAUUACAGUUUUCAGAUACCUAGAAAAAUUACAAGAGAUAUAUCUUCUGACACCAUUAUGAACAAUACGGAUGAAAGUGAAUCAUUAAUAAUUUUAAAUUUAUUAAAAUCAGCAGGUAGAAGUAUCUCAUUUGAAAAUAUUGAUUAUAUUAAUAAUGAAGAAUAAGAAAUUGUAAAGUUCAGAAGACGAAAUAUUAUUCAUGGUCGCCUUUGUUGAUUGUUGUACUGAUUUGGUUACAUAAUUCGGU